UGUGUAGUGAGACCUUAUUAUUUUAUCUGGUAAUCUCGUUGAAAGCAAAAUGGUUGUAUCUUGUUGUGUGAUCGAUUGCACAAGCAGAUUCGACAAGGAUAACCCAAGGAGCUUUUUUCGCAUCCCAAAGAAACCAGAACCCCGAAGAAAGCUUUGGAUUACAGCCAUAAAGCGCGCGUCUAUCGUCGGACGUCAACAAUGGGAACCUACAGAUUACGAUCGCGUUUGUUAUCGUCACUUCAUAACAGGAGAGAAGAGCAAUGACAAGAAUAACCCUGACUACAUUCCCUCUGUGAACAUGGGCUACAAGGACACUAAACCAAGUGGGGAUCUGCGCCAUGCUAGACACUGUCGAUUGGAGGGCAGAGAAUCCGAAAAAGGCAAGAAACAAGCAGCUUCUGCAUUACUGGAUUUGUCAAACACAGAAAAUAUAUUUGAGACACAAGCUGAAGAAUUGCAGCCACAUGUCGACAUACACAGUGGCUGUAUUAAAAAAAUUGCUGCCCUGCGAAUAGAAAACCAGCAGCUAUAUGAAGAGUUAGGGAGACUUCAAACAGAGAAUGCGAUUUUAAAACAGAAUGAAAGUCGACUCUGAGUUUUGAGGAGCAGAUGACAUCCAGUGAUCAAAGAAUUCAGUUUUAUACAGGUCUACAGUCAAAAGCUCUAUUUGUAUGGCUGCUGUCAUUUUGCUUCCUGGCACUUCCAGCGUGCAAAGUUCUAAGCCCAACAUGUGUAAUGAUGUGUAUAAUAAUGAAACUUAGGUUGAAUCUCCAGCACCAGGACUUGGCGAAUAGGUUCAGUGUGUCUGUGACCACAAUAUCCGACAUUCUUAACCAGGGACUGCCAAAAUUAGCAGAAAAACUUUCAAAAACGUGAAAUAUGUCAGUGAUUGUUGUCGGAAUUACCUGAAAAUAAAUGACCCACAAAGACAUGAGGAAUACAUUGUAAAUCCAAUAUCAAAGAAAAAAACAAUACUAUAUUUUAACCAAAUACUACAAUAUACCGUAACAACAUAGUUUGUAAAAUGCCUGGGUCCUACCAGAUAUAUGACCCAGCAAACACUAAUGUAAAGGUUGUAAGCCCAGUGGGCUAUCAUAUGCUAUAGGUCAUGGUAAAAGAGUGCUCUAUGAAUUUGAAUAUCUUUAAAAUUUAGAUUAGCAUAACAUGUUGCUAGGCUAUAACAUUUCAGAUACAUUGCAGUCCUCGGGCAAUCAGUCAAAUAUAAAAUAUCCAACCCUAAAAGUUUCUGCUCAAAUUACCUCUUUUCGGAAAGUACUAUUCCACUGACAGGCCUGACUAGUUGAGCUGGUUUGAGUCACACCCAUCUUGACACCCAUCUCAAUUUUAAACAAGAGUGCUCCAACAUGGCUGCACACUUCACCUAAGCUAAACUACAAUAAGAAAAUAUAUGUAAACCUUGUUUGUUCGCAUACUAAUAACACUUUCGAUAUAUGUAUAUGCUACAUAAAAAUGUAUACCUAUUAUUAUAUCAGUUUAUAUGGAACAAAAUUUUCAAAGAGGAAAGAUACAAAUGAUAUUUAUUUUUAAAAAAGCAAGACACUCAUUUUAUCCAUUUAGGAAUGAAAGUUUAACAAAAGAAUAAAUGAACUUUUACUAUAAUUUAAAAAAAUACCAUAAAACAAUGUUGACAAUAAAUGUACUACAUGUAAUAUUAAGUGAUUUAUGUAUACAAUAUCAUUGCUGUAAAUAUCUUUUGUGGUCUAUAGUGUUGUGUAACCCUGUUAAUUUUGUUAAUAAAAUAUUCAGAACACA